CUCGCCCCGCCCCUUUGCUCUUCGGGGCGUGAGAAGCCGGCAAACAUGGCGGCCCCCUGCUUCCUCACUCUGCCGGCGGCUACCCUGGCCGCCUUGGCGCUCUUGUCUCUCGGCAGCUCCGCCGCUGGUCACAUCGAGGAUCAAGCCGAACAGUUCUUUAGAAGUGGACACACAAAUAACUGGGCUGUUUUGGUGUGCACAUCCCGAUUCUGGUUUAACUACCGACAUGUUGCAAAUACUCUUUCUGUUUACAGAAGCGUCAAGAGGCUAGGUAUCCCGGACAGUCACAUUGUCCUGAUGCUUGCUGAUGACAUGGCGUGCAAUGCUCGGAACCCCAAGCCAGCCACAGUGUUCAGCCACAAGAACAUGGAGCUCAAUGUGUAUGGAGACGAUGUGGAAGUGGACUACAGAAGCUAUGAGGUAACCGUGGAGAACUUUUUAAGGGUAUUGACCGGGAGGGUUCCACCCAGUACCCCUCGCUCAAAGCGUCUUCUUUCCGACGACAGAAGCAAUAUCCUCAUUUAUAUGACAGGUCAUGGAGGAAAUGGUUUCUUGAAAUUCCAAGAUUCUGAAGAAAUCACCAACAUAGAACUUGCAGAUGCGUUUGAACAGAUGUGGCAGAAGAGACGCUACAAUGAGCUGCUGUUCAUUAUUGACACUUGCCAGGGCGCAUCCAUGUACGAGCGGUUCUACUCUCCUAACAUCAUGGCCUUGGCUAGUAGCCAGGUGGGAGAGGAUUCGUUGUCGCACCAGCCUGACCCUGCGAUUGGAGUUCAUCUUAUGGAUAGGUACACGUUUUAUGUCUUGGAAUUUUUGGAAGAAAUUAAUCCAGCUAGCCAAACUAACAUGAACGACCUUUUUCAAGUGUGUCCCAAAAGUCUCUGUGUGUCGACCCCUGGACACCGCACUGACCUUUUCCAGCGAGAUCCGAAAAGUGUCCUGAUCACCGACUUCUUCGGAAGUGUGCGCAAGGUGGAAAUCACAACAGAGAAGAUCAGUUUGCAGUGGGAUUCACAAGUCGUGGACAGCAGUUCUAAAGAAGAUGGCAUGGCCAAGGAGCACAUGGAACCUCUCAAGUAUGCUGAACAGCUCCCGGUGGCUCAGAUAAUACACCAGAAGCCGAAGCCGAGAGACUGGCACCCUCCCGGAGGCUUCAUCCUGGGGCUGUGGGCGCUCAUCAUCAUGGUCUUCUUCAAGACCUAUGGGAUCAAGCAUAUGAAGUUCAUUUUCUAAGACUCAAGGAUGUAUGAGGAAGAAUGAAUGGAAGACUGCAGCCUUGGAGCAAAACUUAGGUUUUCACAUGUUUUUAAAUAUGUUGCUUUUGUGUAAAUUUGGGAAGAAAAUUAGGAAAAUUGAAUAUUAAUGAACUUUUGACUUUAAAACAUAAUAUUGUUAAUGCACUUGUUUACUGGCCACAGAAUAUAUCUUUCAUUGAAACACUGUUUGUGUGUUUGAGUUAUAGAAAGCAGAGAGCAAUGACAUUGGAACUUAUUGCUUAAUUCUUUUUACCCUCCUCUCAUUGUAAAAGUGAGAGUUGUGAAGGUGUUAGUUCCCACUAAAGGAAGUCACUUCCGUUCAUAGGUUUGUGUGUGUUGUCUUGGUCUUUUUAUCUAUGGACAUAUGUUCCCAACCAUACAGAACAUGUCAUCUCUGCGCUUUGGUGUGUACAAUGCAUUAUUAUCCCUUCUCUGCCCUCGGACAUCCUUCAAGGAUAUACUGUGAGCCUGACUUGGAUGCACUUGUCUGCAGUCCAGGCUGUUCAGGAGGCUGAGUCGAUUUUUGAGCCCUGGGGGGUCGAAGGUCAGCCUGGGCAACAAACAUCAACAACAGAAAAGAGAAACACCACGGAAUGCACCGCCCACUCUAUGGUGGUCACGUGACAGCUCCUGAUGGACCCUUUCCUGUUCCCAGAGUUCCCUUGGGCUCACUCUGGAAUACUAAUGACUCUGGAAUUCUGCAGCUUUAAUUGCACAGGAAGAUGGAAACACAGCUUUGGUAGCUGUUUAUCUAGGGAAGUCAUGCCUCUGAGAAUUUUUAGUGGUAACCCCUCAGAGAAACAUGCCCUAUUAUUUUUUAUUUUUAAGUAUCCUGUGAACUUCUAGGAUUGAUUGUAUCUCUUCAGUUUUUGUCCUGAAAGAGACAGAUUGCUGACAGCUAGAUCUAUGUUGUCCCUGAGGACAGCCCCAUAAACUGGAUGACAUACAUGGAGCACACACACUGAAGGCUCUGCCUUCAUGUCUGAUGGAUCAGUAAGACACAUCCAACACUGACUCUUCUAGGAUGUCAGUCAGUUCCACACCUUCCUGCGGUGAAAAGAUGGCCAAGCUUGUGUUUUGUGACCAUUCUCAGACACUCUUUUCUCUUUCAAACUUUGGCAUCAGAGAGCCGUGCUGGGGUGGGCUGUGCCUAUAGAUUUACUAUUCAUGUCUGAGGAGAAUCUUAGGUGUUUCAUCCAAGAAUCUAUAUGUUCAUCUGUUUUCUUUACAAAUACUGUUUUCUAAUUUUAGGUUACAAUUAAGAAGUCUUCUAAUCCCCUGGCAAUAGGCAGAGACACCUUGUUGGUGAUAUUGCUCUUCUGUCAAUCAGGGGCAGAGCACAUGGCAGUCCUUGUUCAUCCUAGCUUGUUGCCUGCCCUGGUAGCCAAAGUUGUGUCAUGCCUAGGACACAUAAAAAUCAAAUCAUCAAAUCAAAUUGAGGCAGCGCACCUUGGGAGGAAGACAGUAGACAGAGGCCUGUGGACCAUGGACCACAUGCCACCCACAGACCUGCCCUCUGAUGUAUAACACAGGUGGGCUGUAUAUACCCACCCGCUGUGCACAGACAGGAUAUCAUCCAGGGUCCCACCAGCUUCAUGAAGGCAGCAUUGCGGAGCUGGUCCUGGGAGUAGGUGAGUUGGGCCCCUAUGUGAGGGAGAGCUGAUCCUGCUACUUCGCUGCCAUGAGGUGGCCUGGGCAGAGGAUGUGUGAGUGUGGGAGAGCUGACCCUUCACUUGGCUGUUGUGGUGGCUGGGGCACAGAGAUGUCUCCCUUGCAGCCUCCACCAGUCAGGAAAGCUGCCUACAGGGUAAUAAGUACAGGGAAAACUAGCCUGGCCCCUCACAUCCUGCAGCACUGGGGAGAGUGGGCCCAUGCCCUUGACUGGGCAGAACAGAGCACUUAACUCUAGAGACAUGGGUGCUAUCAGCUGACCCUGCCUCCUGUCAGUAGCAGCACUGGGUGGCCUAGCCAGAGCAGUGCUGGAGAGCUUGCCCUGGUGGGCAGCUAAGGGAGAGCUGGCACGCUGAGCAGCUCAACAGCCCCCAGGCCCAGGUCCAGGGCUCUGAAUUCAUCCAUCCCCAAAAUCCAUACUAUCUGCAAAUCAUUGGGAUGCAUGAACGAGCCAGUCCUGCUGUUCCAAAGCUGUAGGAGUCCCGGUGAGGAUCCUAUAGUGAUGAUGUCACAGAAACCAAAGACCUCAAGCCAGACCGAUGACUCAUUGCAGUGGACAUUUACAAGUAAAGAUGUGUGGAUAGAGCGUUUACUGUGA